CAGCCAAGUCAAGCAUCAACGCAAUACAAGCCAUACAGUUCUCUUCAUCUAUACGAAUAUUUGGGCCUCCUGGCCCAGUGACCGCCUAGUAUGAACUCUCAAGUUGAGUACCAUAGCUCGGAUAUGGACGUGAACACCUACACAGAUCCGGUGGAAACUUUGACUCAAAAAUCCACGGAGGGUCAUCUGGUUUGACUAGUUCCUAAACCUCAUGCAGACUGAUGAUAUGAACUCGUGGAAAAGUGAUGUAUUUUACGCAGCAUUCCAAGCGCUUUCGCAUGAUGAGCUUGCGCCAGUACUAUAAGAAUCACGUUGUAGUCACGCGGGGAUUCUUCAUACUCACCUGUGCACCAGACUUCUGUGGGCUAUCUCCCAAAGCCAAACCCGUGUUGCCUAGACGUCCACAAGAGCAGACUACCAUUAGCUAUACUACUUAUUUCACCCCCUGAUUGAUAAAAGAACGCAAAAUGGUAACUAAGAACGCGGAGGCAGGCAAAUAUGAGAGCCCAAACAGCCUCUUCCAGUUAGGAGAGGCUCCGGAGGAUGGAGACAUUUCUGAAGGCGAUACAGUCCCAAACACGCCCACAACACCAGACUUGCCAAUGUCAGAUGUCGUCAGCAGUCCUGAACAGAGCUGUCAGGACAUUACACCAGAUCGACCCGGGUCAUUUGAGAAUGCCCAUGGUAAGGAUGCACCAUCAGUGACCACGUUGCUACGGCCCAGUACUGACAGUCUCCACUUGCCCAAUGCCGAGACGGAGACAGCAUCUUCACCUGUGUGUAUCCGGCCAUUGCUUCUAUCAACGACAGAGCUUACGACCGACCCCUACAAUGACGGUAUGCCAAAUUGUCUGAGACAAUCCGACUUUGGUGAGAUUAGUGGCCAAGAUUUUUGUAUCCGAGGACCACAUGGUUCAAAGAUUGUCAAACCCUGUGGGGAGUCUUGUUGGGAGGGGAGAGAAGAUAACUUGAAUUGCAGCGUGGGCACAUUAGCUGGAGCAAGAAGCUCAAGUGCAGCCUCCCGGAUCUCUUCUCUCUCACAUUGGAUCCUCAGUCUUUCUCCCGACAACGUCGUGCCUAGUGAUGAGUGCUCCCUUUCAAAGGCGUUCAUUUCGGGAACCUCAUCCGAUGUUGUCCUAGAUAUCCCAGUACAGGUUCGGUUCAGCCGUACAGAGCUUCCUGAGAGAAUCCGCUAUGCCUUACAGCAACUGAGCGAAACAGAAUGCAAAGUGACUGUCGAUCGAGGGACGAAGAGGCCUGCCGAAUGGAGCACUGUGUCGGGACCGAUCAAGCGACAAUGUAAGAGAAAUUAGCGCUAGAAUGCGCAACAAGUAUGUGGCUCUUGUUUUGAGCACACUCGCAGAGGCCCUGGCUCGAGAUGAGUUAUUGAAAUUUCUCGCUGGUUGGAUCAACAGAUGAAAUCUUUUGUCACAUUAUGCAAGCAAUACAAACCGUGUGCCCAAUCUCUACAGUAACAGGUUCAUUACAUUCCUUCACUCAUCGCAUUUGUGGCAGCCAAUCAAAUAGAUGGAUAUAUGGCUACAGGUCACGUCAGCUGACUCUAACCCAGUAAAGAGUCAACCCAAUUCUACGACCAGACAUCCGUGACGGUUUUCCGCCAUAGUCAAACCACCACAGUCGCGAUAAAGCUUCAUGUCAAGUUAGUUAGCCUUUCUUAAUCUAAUAAUUAUAUUGGAAAUGAAGAAAUCUAGAUGAAAUGGAGAUUUUUCGGGGAAUAAAGAGAG